CGACGAUCUCCCUCGGUAGGUCUGUCGGCGGCUGUCGUGCGAGAACGACGGUGGGUUCUGCGACAUGGCGGGUGUGGAGCGAGGAGGCAGCCCCGAUGAGGAAAAGCACCUGAACGGAGAGCUGCCCUUGGAUCCUGAGGAGAGAGAAGGCGCAGUGGGGCCCGGUGCUGACGAAGGUGCCAAGAAGAAGCGCAAGAAGAAGAAGAAGAGCAAAGGCACCGUCGCUGGACAACAAGAAACUGAAAGAGAAUUGGAGACAACACUUGAUGAAGUAACAAAACAGUUGGAUAAACAAACACUGGAGGAAAAGGAAAAAGAUGAUGAAGAAGAAGAUGUUGAUGGUGAAGGUGAUAAUGCCGCAGGGAAGAAAAAGAAAAAGAAGAAAAAGAAGAAAGGACCUAAGGUCCAGACAGAUCCUCCAUCUAUUCCAAUAUGUGAUUUGUUUCCUAGUGGCAUAUAUCCAAAAGGUGAAGAGUGUGAGUAUCCACCAACACAAGAUGGUCGAACUGCUGCUUGGAGAACAACAAGUGAUGAAAAGAGAGCGCUCGAUCAAGCAAGUGAAGAGAUCUGGAAUGAUUUCAGAGAGGCUGCUGAAGCACAUAGACAAGUCAGGAAAUACGUUAUGAGCUGGAUCAAGCCUGGAAUGACAAUGAUAGAAAUCUGUGAAAAACUAGAAGACUGUUCUCGGAAAUUGAUCAAAGAGAAUGGCUUAAAUGCUGGGCUUGCAUUUCCUACGGGGUGUUCUCUGAAUAACUGUGCUGCCCACUACACCCCCAAUGCUGGAGAUCCAACUGUAUUGCAAUAUGAUGAUAUCUGCAAGAUAGAUUUUGGAACACACAUUAGUGGUCGUAUCAUUGAUUGUGCUUUUACUGUCACAUUCAAUCCAAAAUAUGACAGACUCUUACACGCUGUAAAAGAUGCAACUAAUACUGGAAUAAAGUGUGCUGGAAUAGAUGUUCGUCUUUGUGAUGUUGGUGAAGCUAUUCAAGAGGUCAUGGAAUCUUACGAAGUUGAAAUUGAUGGCAAAACAUAUCAAGUGAAACCAAUUCGCAACCUGAAUGGACACUCUAUUGGACCAUAUAGGAUACAUGCAGGCAAAACUGUUCCCAUUGUGAAAGGAGGAGAAGCAACAAGAAUGGAAGAGGGAGAAGUAUAUGCUAUAGAAACUUUUGGCAGUACAGGAAAAGGUGUUGUUCAUGAUGAUAUGGAAUGUUCUCAUUAUAUGAAGAACUUCGAUGUUGGACAUGUGCCAUUACGACUUCCAAGAGCUAAACAUUUGCUGAAUGUUAUCAAUGAAAACUUUGGCACCCUUGCCUUCUGUCGCAGAUGGCUAGAUCGUCUGGGUGAAAGUAAAUACCUAAUGGCUCUGAAGAACCUGUGUGACUUGGGUAUAGUGGAUCCAUACCCUCCCCUGUGUGAUAUCAAAGGCUCCUACACAGCACAGUUUGAGCAUACCAUAUUAUUGCGUCCAACAUGCAAAGAAAUUGUCAGUAGAGGAGAUGACUAUUAAACUUCAAGGCCAUUACCUCACCUAUGUACUCUGUUGGAACACAUAUUGCCAGAAAAAAAUGCAGUCUGUUUUAACAGUGGAUCCAAUGUGAUAACUUUCCAUGUUUGGAAGAGAGGAAUUUAAUCAAAGGCAAGUUCUCUAAUGUAACUAACCAAGGAAAAACAGCUUUGGGGGGGUCUCUAGAGUAUUUCAGGUUACUUCUAUAUUUUUCUUUCAUGGGAGAUAUGCUAUAAAAUACCAUUUUUAGUUUGGAAUGAGUUAUACAUAUUGUUUGGAAUAUUUCUCAGAGAAGGCUUUUCAGAUAUUUAUAUUACCAUAUUCUUACUUGAAUGCUUUGAAUGACUACACCUGAUUUCUGCGCCUAAGUUGUCUCUGGUAUUGCCUUUUAAACUUCCUGGAAUCCAUUUUGUAAAAAAAAAAAGAAAAAAAGGAAUACAAAAUAAAGACAGAUUUUCAGAUCUAAAACCAAAUAUGGUUUUUAAAAGUGUUGCCAUCCUAGCCAGCAGUACAUUGAAAAAACUGACCUAUUAAACCUUGUUUUAGGAAUACGCUUGCUGUAUCUGCUUAACACUUGAAAACAAGACAAGGCAUGGACUUCCUAAAUGGCAUGAAGCUUGCCUUGCUUUCAGUCAUAAAGCCAUGAACUUUCUGAAAUAUAUCAGCUCUUGUCUAUGGCUUACUGCAGCCUAGAUUGCAUGGGCUGGUUGAAGGAGUCUAUGGAGGUCUUCCAUCCUCUUCUACAAUUCAUUUAUUACUAGCCAGUGUUGGCAGCCUUCCAUUAUUUGAGCCUUUGGUUGUGACAGACUACCUAUAAAUAUUCCAAGUUGAAUUAGAAAUCUCUGCUUAAAAAAUCCUGAUAUAUAUUAGGUGCUCUUCUGCACCUAUGUAAUGGCACUAGGGCAGAGGCUUAUCAAAGUGAAAGCUGAGCCCUUCACCCCUGUUCAAAACUGUUGCCUGUCCUUGUGUUCUUGACACAAAAAGCUUUUCAUAGGUGGUGUGUUUUCCUCUUUUAAAACAAAUGCAGUCAAUGGAUUAGUGAAAUCAAUUAAGCCUUGCUGUAGGAUAUUGGUUUAUAUGAUUAAUGACUAUAAAGUGGGCUAUUCUGGGUAACACAAGGGAUGGUAAUUUCAACAUUCUUGUUAAAAAUUGUUAGGAUGUGUUGACCUAAGAUAUACAAGCUUAAUAGGACUUGCUCAUUAAGCUGUUGCAACUUUCUUCAACUCAAGCACUGUCGAGAAGUUUUGGAUUACAGUUUUUAUCAGCCCAGUUUGCCUGGCCAGUAGCUGAGAUACCGCAUGUAAACAUUUGAUUAAUUCAGAGCAAUCCUGUGGCCCAUCCUGUUUGGGUGGGCCAGUGGAUAAUUUGAAUUCCCAAAUUAGAGAUCAGAAAUGGCUCUUACCUUGCAGCUCGGAAACUGCCUUCAGUUUCUGUCCCUCUCUGACAUCUGGUCCAAAAAGACCCAUACUGGUUGCCCCUAUAAGGUCAGUUAAUGGACUUUGAAGAAGUGGUCAGGAAGGCAUUGUGAGAGAUGGGGAGGGGAGGAAACGGGGGCCUGAAGGACAUAAGGCAUCCUGAUGGCAUUCCUGCCAUGGUCCCCACCCAGCAAAGUACUUCAUCUAGACUACAUUGGGAGGAAAUUUCCUGUUCCACCAUUCCUGCUUUGAUUUCCAAGCGCAGUGCCUUACAACAUCUAGGGUGUAAACAAAAGGAUUGCAUCCUCAGACUUACUUGUUUAGGACAAGAGUGGGAAGAAGGAAGGCUCAGACUCAAGAGACAGUUCUGUUCUUCAUGGUUCCCAGAAGGCAAUUGCCCUUUCCUGCAACUGUUAUUUGAUUUCUUGACUCUUGUACAGCGUUUCCCCUCAAUUCUAGAAGUUUGAAAACGCUUCUUCUAAAGUUUACUGGCAGUAAGAAUUUUAAGCUACACUGUGUUUUUGUUAUACCUUUAUCUCUGGCCUUGCCAAGUUUUAAAAAACGCCCCUUCCACUGAGCUCCUAAAGUGAAUUGGAGUCUGCAAAAAGUUCACGACUCCUAUCCAGAUGGUGAUGCUGACUGCAUUGCAUUUGCCUGGGUACAACAGCUAGACACCCAACACUUGUCUUAUCCAUGAAAUUCACAUAUUUUCAUUACUUUCUAGCACUGCUCCUACUUAAUUUUGCUAGCUGCAGAUAUUUAUGGCACUGGGUAAGUACUACUUAAUAGAAGUGGUUCUAUCUUUUAGUUAAUUCUGCACGAUUGCUUUCUAACAUGAAUUUCUGCAGAAAAUAAAUGUAAGGUUGCAAGUGGGCAGACUCAGUAGCCAGCAUGCUGUCUAGCUUCUGUUGGGCCACAGGAAUCUUGUUUGCCUUAUGGGAAGCUGAAAUAAUAAAACAAAAUGCACACAAAAAACAAAAGAAAAAUGGCCAAUUGUCAGUCAUGUAAAGAAUAUUCUGAAUGAUGCUCCUUUGGCCAGUGUCAGAAAGGAACUGAGCUUUCCUCAGCAGAGGUGAGUGUGCUUCCUGCCAGAAUGUUUCCUUACCUUGCGCUGUGAGGUUCUAAGUACUGUUCUCCAGAAGCACAGAACCCAUGUAGGUGGAAAAAUGUAUGAUGGCAAACAUGCUUUACCAAUGCUUCUUUUAAUGUAUAUUCUGGGAAGCUGAAGAUGCCCUCAGAUGCAGAAAAAGUUUGAGAAAUUUUUAGGUACACAUUUAGCUUGUGUAGAUUUUCUUGGAUAGAAUAAAGCUUUCCUAUUAUUUCAGGUACAAUGGUAUUUUUGUGAUAGAUUUCCAAGUUUUCUUAUAGUAGAGAUUUUACAUGAAUUAGUUUUGCUGGUAGGUUGCUAACUUAAAAUUCAAUCUAAACUUGGAAGACUUAUACUUCAAUUCUAUACAGGUUUCUUUUAAACCAAGUCCUUUCUUUUGGUGAAGCUUGCUCCCAUGUAAGUGUAAAUAGGAUGCUAUGCUGAAUAAGGUAGGUGAAACUUUCUCCUAACAGGCACAUGCAGAGAAGGAAAAGCUUUGCUUACUGAAUUUCUGCUUAUGUAGUUGUUAAGGUACAGACACUGCCAGGUAGAGGUUAGAGACCAAAUGAGCUUAAGUUCUUAAAAUACAUAAACUUAUCCACAGUAGGCAACUCCCAAGUGCAACUAAAGGUUAUUCCAUCUUGAUCAAUCUUAAAGAAUUUUUCAAAGGUAAUUCUUAUCUCUUACUUUUGAGAAUAAUUCCUGUUUCUGAUUUUGUUCUUACUCCCUGUUUUAACUUUCAUUUUUGUUCCGUUGUUUCUCUUUCUUAACAGAAAUACAUAAACAUUUUAUGGAUCACUCAUCUGUGGGCAAAAGAUUUAGAACAAGAUACUGUUGAUACUUUAAAUAUUCAGAACAGGGUUUCUCCCUUCCAGGGUAGGCUGAGCCAAGAAUAGCAAAAAUUGAACCCUCUCAGUAUGCUUUAAUUUAAAACUCUUACUGCCAGUAACUAAGUGUUUGGGGAGAGGAAUUAGAAUGGAGGGGGUGGGAGCACAUAAGAAACAAUGACAGCAAGAGAACUGAAAAGGCUGAGUGCAGGUUGUCCUUGAAAUGUGGGUUAUUGUGUUAUCUGAAUCCAGCAAAGAUAGUAAGCUGGAACAACCCAACAACAAAUCAUGGGUUCGUCUUCAUUGGUUAUGUUUGGUUAACAAGACCUGACUUUUAAGUGUAGCUGAAUUAAAAACACAGUAAUUCAUACUUCAGCAACAGAGUUCAAGGACAUCCCAGGUCCAGUCCUUGUAUUUUCUGACCGCAGUCAGUCAGUAGCUAGAAUAAAGGAAUAUGGCCAUGAGACCCCUGGAGGGCCAAAUCUGGCCACUGGGCCUGAGGUUCUGCUUCCUUCUUGUAGGUUAUAGCUGAAUAGUCUCAGUCAUCUCUUGUACUGAUAGCUGCUUUCUGCCUGUCCUCAAAGGAUGAUGUUAGCAGGGGGAAAGUGUAUACUUUCUCCUAGGCUGAGAAAGACUGAUAGGAAACAAUCUUUGCAAUUAAGUUAGCAAACUAGUGCUGAAUAACACUAAAUAUUUGCAGGAAGAGAAAAGUUUUGUUUUCAGGGAAAUGCAGUCUCAGUAUAUUUGAGUGGACAAAGAAGAUCACUAUAGCAAAAAGGGGGGGACAUCUGUGGGCAAGUUUUGGUUUAAUACAACAGGGUUUUCUUCAAAGAAUUGUACAAUUUCCUAUGUCGCACUGUGUCACGAAUUCAGCUCAAGAAUCCAGCUUAUAUUUACAAGGUUCCCUGAGAAGGAAUGAUGAUUAAAUUACUACGUAUUGUAUAAUCAUGCUUGAAGUCUUCUGGCACCCCAGAAAAACUUAGAUUAAAAGAAAAUGGAUGAA